AAAGAAAACCAAAGAUAACACAAUUUUUACCAGUGUUCUACUGAAAUAACUAUUAAUGUAUCGUAUCUAUUCAUCCUAUUUUUAAAAAAAACUGUUUUAUGCCACAUUUAAACAUCUACAUCAUCUUCUGGUGCGAUAAAAUCGAGAAAUUAAUUUAGUCUUCAAAAUAACGCCACGCAAAAUAAAAUUAAAAAUGUCGCCAAAAAUUCUGAAUAUUUGCUUUGAUAACUCAUCUAAAGCAUAUUAUGCAGGACAAAAGGUAGAGGGUCAUGUGCAAGUGGAAUUGGAAUCUGAGAAGCUAAUUCGCAAUAUUGAGAUCCAUUUUGAGGGAAAAACAUACAUGUUUUUAACAAGAAAAUUACAAAAUGAAGAAGAGUUUUAUACAAAAGAGGAAAAUCAUUUGGACUACACAGAAUAUUUAUUGGGUUCAAAUUUGAUGAACUCUUGUGCGGGAAAGAGUUUGUCGGCAGGUACACACUCUUUUCCAUUCGCAUAUGUUUUGCCGGGUGACAUUCCGUCGACUAUUUGUGGGGAAAAGGGUUCCGUUUCCUAUUCUGUGAACGUAAUUUUGAGAUUCGCUAAUGAUAGAAGUCGUAAAGAAAAAAAGGAAUUUGAAGAGUUUGUUGUCAUUUCACCGUUAAAUUUGAAUGAAAUACCAAAUGUGAAGGAGCCAGUGAACUUACCAUUAGAGAAAUCGUUCUCUUCUAACGGUCUAAAUGAACCACUUCGAGCGAAUAUUUCAAUACCGGCAACCGGAUAUACUUCGGGUCAAACUAUUCCAAUCACAAUGGAUAUUGAAAAUAUGAGUAAUGUUCCGGUUAAACAAAUAAAAGUAAUUCUUAAUAGAAAGGAAUCGUAUUUUAUGUAUGAACCUCAAUUUGACGUUAAACACAAGUCAAACAAAAUUACUGAAAUAUUAUUGGAUGGUGUGGAUGCAAAAAGUUCAAUAAAAAGGGAUCAAUUAUUUGAAAUUCCUCCAUUACAGCCUACAAAUAGUUUUUCUAAUAUUCAGUGGUGCUACGAACUGAUGUUUGUGCUGAAAAUGUCUGGAAUGCACGAAAAUGUGCAGGGAACAAUUCCGAUACUUUUGGGCACGAUUCCGAUUUCAGAUGUGGUUGCACAGUCAUCAGUACCAGAUAAUUGUACGUCCAUAUCCAUUACAACACCAGAAUCAUUUAUUCAGAAACCAGAUCCCUUGGGCUGUUUAGGGGGCUGCAUACUCUGCUGCAAAUGUUGUGGCCUAUGCUUGUGCAUUAUAGUUUUGUUUGCAUUCUUAAUUGGCAUAUAUAUAUUAAAAGGAAUAAUGAGUAGACCUCACAUCCGUAAAAAAGUAUUUGGGGAAAUAUAGUACUUUUGAUAGUUUGUGUUUGGGAACGAAUUCAGAUGUGCUUUUAUAUAGAUAUGAUUCAGUUUUGAAUAAGAGGUAGAGAGAUUUGCAUGUAGAAAAAUUCUCUUUUUACGAAUUUUGAA